GGGCUUCUGCUGUGAUUAGCACAUGGAGUGGGGUGGCUGCGGCUUGCUCUUUUCCGUGCGGAAUCGCUAUCAAGAGAUUUCGGAAGCAUAAUUUUUGCUACUGGGGGUAGCUGGUAAUCGCUUGUUCUGGCUCCCCGCUUUACGGCUGUUGAAUAAUGAUAGUUUUGGAUUAGUCCGGAUUUACGCGUGCUUAAAUUCGCUUUGUCCGCUGAAAGAGGAACCGUAGGAAAAAGCACUGAAAGAUUGAAGGGAAAAGUAUUUUCUAGAGAAAAGUGUUAAACAUGGAUAGUGUUUUCCUCAUAGAGGCGAAGGCCAAUUCCGUCUUAAAAAGAUACCCACGGGCUAAUGGACUUUUAGAAGAACUUAAAAAAGGAAACAUCGAGCGUGAAUGUUAUGAAGAACGCUGUGAUAGAGAAGAGGCAAGAGAAGCAUUUGAAAAUGAUGAAAAGACAGCAGAAUUUUGGAAAGACUACACCAAUGGACUCUAUGGAGGAAGUAACGCAGGACAGAACUGGUACCCAUUUUACCUAACGUUUCCUCUAGUCAUUGGCCUUUUGGUGGUGGUUCUUAUUAUAUUUGUCACAUGGAGAUGCCUGUUCCAAAAACAUCCACAUGGACAGUCCAUGUACACACAGAGCAGAAGCAGAGAAGAUACAGAUGGCAGAGCCAUUCCUGAUGGGAGAAAUCCUAUCCCUCAGUCAUUCAGUGUUCUUCACUCUGCCCAAGAAGAAAUGUUUGAAGGCAAUGGACGCUCCCCAGGGUACCUGAGCUACACAGAGAGACCUAUGGAUUUCUUACCAACCCGGUUGUCGAACUGUGAGCCACCGCCAUCCUAUGAGGAAGUUGCUGGUGAAAGUACCACAUACAGAAAUGAACCUGCAAAUCAUUUGGAUCCACCUCCUCAGUAUGAGGACAUUGUGAAUAGCAUUUCAGUCCCUCAUGUUAACAUCAAAUGAAAGAGAACGAUGACAAGCUCCCUUUGUUUCCAAGCAAAUGAACCUUAACACUUUUUAGCACUUUAUUGCAGCUUGAUGUUUCAAAGAUUUCUACUGUAUUAUGCCGAUUCUUACUCUCUAAAUUUGGGUUUAUUCUGUGAGAAUCCCUACACUUGGGGAAACAAAAUGGUCCUCAGCGUAACUUAGAUAUUAACACUAGGUAUGGCAUUAUUGUCGUGGCGUACUUUUUUCUACUAUUGAAAGUGGUGCUAAUAAAUGGCUCAAUUAUCACAACAGAUUGUCUAUGCAGAUGGCAAAACAGGACUGGUUUUAUCUAGGUUCAGAAAUUAAGCAAAGUUGGUCUUGAUUUUUGUUUCAAUGCGAAACCUCCAGGGAAUAAUAGCAAGACUAGACUAAACUAGGAAAGUCAAGAAAAGAUCUUGAAGGCAAAGUUAAACCACUUCUGUGUUGCUCUCAAGAAAACUACAUAAAUGUAUCCAUGAAAUCAGAAGUGAAGUCGGGCUUGAAAAAGACUUAACCUUGAACAAAAUGGAUUACAGCAAGAAACGCUGACAAUUUCCCCCUCAGAAUAAGUAUUUUUUGAAACCUUGCAUAGCAAAAACAAGCAAAUCAUUUAGUAGGAAUCAUGUAGUAGGUUUGUCUCUGAAAUCUUCUACUUGUUACAAUGAACACUCAUUAAAACCAGUGGGGGUAUUCAGCCGUUCUAUCCGGUUCGGUCGAAUUGGUAGCGGCGGCUGCAGGUAGCUCCGCCCACCUGCCUGGAUGUAAUCACGUCCCAUUUAUCCACGUUUUUGACACUGCGCAUGCGCGGAGGUGCACGCUCACAUUUGCGAACUGGUAGUGAAGGUAAGUGAAUACCAUCCCUGAUUAAAACGUGUUGAUGAUUAACUAUAUUCAAGCACAAUAUAGUUUGAUUCUUCAGAUGAGUGUUAAAGAAGUUUUGUAAUGCUUUGAUCUACAUUUCCAUUUGUAAGCACCCUAAAGACUAUGAUUCUGGAGACUCCCUAUGUUCUCUUUUGACUGGCGUCAUUCCAAUGACAACGGCUUCUCUUCAGUCAUUUGUGCACUGAGCAUAAAGGCUUGCAGAAGAGUAAUCACACUGGUUUGCAUCUCAGUAAGGGCUAUAAUGUCUUUCUUUUCCCAAUAAAGCUUUCUUCCAAAACCGUUUACAUAAAAUGAGUGAAUUCUUUAGGGCAGCCAGUGUCAUUGGAAUGACAUCAGCCAACAAAAUAAUAACUCCUCCAGUUUAAAUAAGGCCUGAAUAGAGUUAGUAGUCAGUAUUAAUAUAAUUUUCCUUUGUGUAAUAACAAUAUUCUAAAGCAGGGAGUGUCAAACUCGAGGUCCGCGGGCUAAAUCUGGCCUGCAAUGUUAGAUCUGGCCCAUAGGGCCACCCUGGAAACAGUGAAGGACUGGCCCAGCGCAGGCCGAACUACAACCUGGUGGCAGCCAUCUGGGCCAGAACACAGUUUGCCUUAUAUCUGCGGGGCUACCUGAAGCCAGUGAUGGGCUGCCCCCUGGGUGCACACGGACAGCACACACGGGGCCUUUGCAUCCCCAGGGACCAUCUUGCCCUGCAGGCUGACUGCGUUCUGAGCGCAUCCCUUUCAUCCAGGACACAUGCGCUCACCACUUCCUGUGUGCAUGCUCAGGGGGCGGGGCCAAGGCUGUGGGGCGGUCUCUCGCUAGCUCCAGGCUGGCUGUGUGGGCCAGAUCUAAGACUAGUGGUGGGUUGCUACCGGUUCACCCCGGAUCGGGUGAACCAGUAGUGGCGGCAGCGGGAGGCUCCGUCCACACGCUCGGACGCUUCUGCACAUGUGCAAAAGUAUUGCAAGCGUACGCACACCCACGAGCGAACUGGUAGCGACGGGUUUUGAAACUCGCCCCUGUCUAAGACUGACCAUGUCCCGGCCCGAAUGGCCGCAGCAAAUUGUAGAUCAGCACUGCGCAUGCACGAGCACCUCCAUGCCCCACUUGCCAGCCUGCCCUUGCAGUCUGCGAGUCUUCCCUUUCACUGGGGCCGCCCCCCAUAUUGGAAAGCCAUGCCCGCCAUCAGCACGGUCCCUGACAGCGCUGCAAGUCUCUCCUCCUUCCCCUCAUCCCUUUCCGAGCGCGGAGGAAGGCAGGAGAUGGGAAUGGGGAGGAAAGAAGGAGGGAGGAAGUCUUGGCUGGGCAGCAGCGGAGCAGCCUUGGCCCAUCGCUCUGCCGGCCAUUAGGUUCCAAGGACACGAGUCCAACGUGACAAGAUCCAGCUCCAGGUAAAGCGGCCGCAGGGAUGGGUCCCCCCCCCCUCAGGAGACGCUGGGCCAGCCCGGUGCGGGGAGGGACUCCAAAUCCCAGCAUCCCCAGCAUCCCAUCUGGAGGAUAAAACAUGAAGAAUGGUUGCAGGAACUGGGUAUGUCUAGUUUAAUGAAAAGAAGGACUAGGGGAGACAUGAUUGCAGUGGUCCAAUAUCUCAGGGGUUGCCACAAAGAAGAGGGAGUCAAGCUAUUCUCCAAAGCACCUGAGGGCAGGAAAAGAAGCAAUGGGUGGAAACUAAUCAAGGAGAGAAGCAACUUAGAACUAAGGAGAAAUUUCCUGACAGUGAGAACAAUUAACCAGUGGAACAACUUGCCUCCAUAAGUUGUAAAUGCUCCAAUACUGGAAGUUUUUAAGAAGAUGUUGGAUAACCAUGGUGGUGGUGGUUUUCCUGCCUAAGCAGGGGGUUGGACUAGAAGACCUCCAAGGUCCCUUCCAACUCUGUUAUUCUAUGUUCUAUGUAGUUUAAAACAUCUGGAGCACAAAGGCAAGGGUGCCUAUGUUAGACUAUGCCUCAUUUGAACAGUUAUGGCGUUGUUUUUUCCGUUCUUCUUCUUCCCUCUCCUGAAACCUUCCCAGAUCUUCGAAGGCAACAGCAACAACUACCAGGAAGGAGAAAUUUCAGGAAUGGAGGGAGGGAGGAAGGGAAGGAAGGAAGGAAGAGAGGGAGGGAAGGAAGGAAGGAAAGGAAGGAAGGAAGGAUGGAUGGAUGAAUCCAUUGAGACUUGGGCUCAAAGGAGAAAGCAAUUUUCUGUUCUGUUUUAUCAGAGACGGGACUUCGUUGGCAAUCCAAGUUAACAUUGGUAUUCUUAAAGUGUGAACUCUUAGAAAAGUAUUCCCUCCUUGUGUGAUGCAAUCAGCCAUUUCCAGUGGGGAAAACAAGACAAAGCAGAGUGGGGAAAAACAUUUUCCUUUGCUAUAUUUCCAGUCUGAAUUAGGAUCAUGGCAGGGUCCCUGCAGCACAGGCAUUACAUGUAUGUGAAUGACCCAGGUUGCACUCCAGAGAAUGCUGGUUGGCAGAGAUGAUGCCCACCUCCUAAAAGAAACAAUUAUCUGAAACAUGAGCAAAUCACUAGUUUGCUGUGGCAUAGAUUCUCUGUGUGAAUUGUUUGAGCAAAAUAUGUAAACUCUAACUCUUUUAAUUUGGAUGAUUAAGUUAUAGAUACAAAUCUUGGAGCCUCAGAGGCUCAUGUUAUUAGUUCAUCCCAAUAUAAUAAUGCAGAGCAGGAGUUCGUUCUUCUGGUAGGUUACCUCAUAUGCAAUUCAAUAAACAUACAAAUCCUUGGCUAGAAGAAAUCAGAUUUUUUAGAUGUAUUUUCUCUCAAUUAUAUUGAGUCCACUUCUAUGAAAUAUUAAAAAUGAUGUUUCCAUUGAGCUUUAUUUUUAUGCUUUACCUUUUUGUUAUGUCAAUGUAUUUUAGUUUAUAUAAAUCUUGUAUUGUUCAUUGUACACUAAUUCCAGUGGUGAAAUGUAAAAUUUGUUACUACCGGUCUGUGGGCGUAGCUUGGUGCGGUGGGUGGGUACUAUGACUGAGUGGGUGUGGCCAACUUUUUUUUUUUUUUACUUUUAAAACCAUUUUUUCUACAACCUCUUUGGCUGAAGAGGUUGUUAAAAAAUGCUUUUAAAGCCUCUGACGAUCCCAGCUGACUUGCCUGAUCAGCAGAGGCUUUUUUUCCUUUUUUUAAAAAAAAAGCCUCUGACGAUCCCAGCUAACGUGCCUGAUCGGCAGAGGCUUUUUUUCCUUUUAAAAACAUUUUUUCUAUAACCUCUUCAGCCGAAGAGGUUGUAGAAAAAAUGCUUUUAAAAAUAAAAUAAAAGCCUCUGAUGAUUGCGCGGCUCAGCUGGGCAAUGGGAGUGGGCAGGGUUUUUUGCUACCGGUUCUCCGAACCACCUGCCUCCAUCACUACCGGAUCAGGCGUUCCGGUCCAAACCAGGAGCAUUUCACCCCUGACUAAUUCUUUUGAAACAAAAUGAUUGCCUUCCAAUAGAUCAUAUAGUGGAACAUGCAAUCUUUUCAGUUUUUACAUUUGAGCUUAAGCUGAUUAUUAACACGGGCAAGAUGAAACAUUCCAAUCAGGCUAUAACUGUAGCAUUAUUUUGAAUACUUCUAAAUGCUUCUAAAUUUUCUAAAGACUAACAAACUUUAGAAGCCAUUUGUUUUGUCGAUAACGGUUUGACUCUCCAACAACUUGUUCAGUCUUCAAAACAUAACUACCAUUUUAUUGCAGUAUUAAAUAUUUUACAUAUAUGGUUUACAUUUAAAUUAUGCCACUUUAAAACAUUUGAUGGCAACUUCAUAUGCUAAAUAAAGCUAUUAAAAACA